CUCUUGGAUGCCCCAGCGCUGAACAAAGAUACUUCGUGAUACCCCCCUAGUAUUAUUGGCGCUGACCGUCUGCUUAAUGAUUGGCAAGACUUUCGCAUUACGACAGGGGCGGUGCAAUGCAUUUUGCACAUUUGGCCCCAACUGAUCAACAUCUGAGCAAUCAACUCGGAAAAGCCACGCCACGGCAUGCAGAUAAGAGACGUGAAACUCGCAUCUGUGUUGUUAAAGUCAACCUCCGCGCUUCCAUAUUCUGCGCACUGUCCGGGUCCCCCCUUCCCGCAUUCUGUAACGGAUUUUUGAAAGAUGGCGGACUUGACGCGGAUAUCUCGCCAUUCUCAUGGAGAAUAUACGGCCUUGGUUUCGGACCAGACCUUACUUGACGGCCAGAAUUCCCCUGAAUUUGAAACGCAGCUGUCUCCUCCACCCCUAACGCCUGCAACAACGUCGAAAAGUUCAGCCUCCUCGACCAAGAUGGAAGACCAGUCCAGAUCCGUUUCCAUGUCCCAAGAACAUUUCGAAAAACCUCAUUCUCGUCCAUCAUGGAGACGCCAUCUACGAUUUAAUUGGUGGUGGGAAGCUGGAGGACUUUGCCUCUCAAUUCUCUGUGUCGCGUUGAUCGCAGCCAUCAUGUUUUCGAUGCAUAACAGAGCACUCCCAGACUGGAAUCUCCCGAUUCAGCCCAACUCCCUCAUCGCCGUCUUCUCCACAAUCGCGAAAACCGCUCUGUUAGUCACAAUCGCCGAAUGUAUUAGCCAGUUGAAAUGGGCAUAUUUCCAGAAACCUCGAAAUUUGAACGAACUUCAGGUAUUCGACGACGCAAGUAGAGGUCCAUGGGGCUCUCUAGUCUUCCUAUGGAAGACAGGGGGAACUGCACUUCUUGCCUCUGUCGGCGCCGUCCUCACCAUUCUUUUACUGUUGUUUGAGCCAUUUGCUCAACAAGUCCUCGAGUUCCCUUCUCGGCUUUCUGUGUUGAAGAAUGAGACAGGGUGGAUGUCAGCGUCACAUGCGUUUUCUGACUUCGGCUUUCAGAAAAAUUUUGGCACUAUCGGAGAAUUUAACUUACAGUUAAAUAUCGAAGACCACCUCCAAUCUGUGCCGUCCCAAGCCAUACCUCCCUUCCACUGUCCAACCGACGAGUGCACCAUACCAGACUUCUCCACUUUGGGGGUAUGCACUAGCUGCGAAAGUCACGACGUUAGUGUCGAUAAAGGCUUGGACUGCGUUUUCAAGAUACGUAACGUGGAUGGACUAAAGCAUGGUGACUUCUAUCACACAAUUGGAGACCGCGAUGCUUUCCAGAAAGCCUUACUAGCCAGCAAGAAUAGCACGUUGACUGGACCGCCAAGCUACAAUGGUACCAAGCUGAAUAAUGAAAGUGUUCUCGGGAAUUGUACGGUAAAAGACGAUAUAUACCCCGAUUAUAGUAUUACCGUUUUGGGCGAUGCUUGCAUCCAACAAAGCGAUAUCGACUUUCUUAAUUGGACCGCGCCAACGUUUGGAACUGACAUCACGGAAUCAAAGUUCGUUGAUGGGGAGCCAACCUACGAGAGCUUUGAUUCCGUCUUUCGAAUGGUGAGCUUCAACAUGACAUCGAACUUCACUUCCACCCGAAACGUUGGCCUAUGUGGGGACAUCAAAGCAACAAUCAGUCUCUGCCGUCUGACCUUCUGUGUUCAUUCGUAUCAAAAAAACACCAUCAGUAAGGGCCACGCAAAGACCCAAACAAUCACCAAACUCCCACUCAAAACCAAAGGAAACGCAACUAUGCCUUCAACCGCAACCGACGCACCAUUCGCAGACCUUCUUGCCGUUGCCGGAGACCCACCUGGCACAUUCGCCCUCGGCCCGCGUUCUCGUCAUUACUUCAAUUACGAAAUAACUCGCCACGUUGAUGGCUACCUUCAACAUAACUACACCUGGGCCAACGACAGCAUGGAAGCGCAUCAAUUUUUCGUUAACAAUCUCGCAGACGGGCUGUCGGAAUUUCUGCGCAGUACGAACAAUGCUAAUAUGACAAAUGUGACUGGUUCCGCAUUCGGUCCGCAAACGUAUAUUCGUGUGAGGUGGCAGUGGUUAAUUAUACCACUGGCAACUGUGGUUGCUACGGUAGUGUUUUUCUUUUUCACGGUCCUGGAAAGUGGGAGGGCGAGGAUUUUGUUCAAGUCCAGCGCUUUGGCGGCGCUGUUCCAUGGGUUGGAGGGUUGGAGUGGGGAGGAGUUGAAGUAUACUGAGGUUGGUGUGAAGGAGGGAGGGAGGGAGCAGGAAACGGCAAAGGGAUUGGCGAGAAGGGCCGAGGGGAUGAGAGCUGCGUUGAGAAGGAACGGAGAAGGGGUACUGAAGUUUGUGAAGCAAGAAUGAUGGCUUUGGCUGGUCAAAUUUUGUUCCUAGGGCACCAAAGAAUCUCCAAGCCUCAUUGCAUCCAGAAAAGGGUAGUCCAGUUCGGCUGGUACGGAAAGAGCGAUAUCGAUCAUUUUCUAGCCGUGAAGAGUAUUAGGGGAGCCGAGAUGCAUGACUCCUUCUGAAUAGAGUGGCUUGUUGCACAGAAAGGAAGUUUAUGGGCACUGGAUAAGAGGAACGCAACACUACUCGCCUUAUCGAGGGCUUGACUACGUCCCGGCGAAGGCAUGCCAGGUUUGGGAAUAAGGCAAGCACAUCAUAACUCACAUGUCAGCGUCGAUGAACAUGAGGAAAGCCAAUAUGGACAACAGCUUCUGGAUAGAAGUGGCAUACAGCACAGCAAGUGAGUCCUUU